AUGGAUGAGGAAAACCAAUUGGACAUACCACAAGAGCCCACUUUUCUGGCCUUUUAUCGAUCGUUAGGUUCGUGUCCGCCGAAGACAUACCGACUCUUCGAUAGAGGAGAUUAUUACACACUUCACGGUUUGAACGCCGAGUCCAUCGCCAAGUGCUUCCUCUGCACCACAUCUGCCAUUCGAUACAUCGGAACCGAUGGCCAUAAGAUCGCGUCCAUCGCUAUAUCUCAGGCCAGAUAUGAGUCGCUAUUGAGAUAUAUUUUGAUUGAAAGCAAAGAACGCAUUGAAAUAUACAAGAAGUCAAUCAAAAAGAAGGCAUCAAAUGACUGGCAAUUGGAUCUUAAGGCUAGUCCUGGAUGUCUGGGCCCUCUCGAAGACAUUAUCUAUUCGACCAACACUUCGAUCGACAGUCGAGGCGUUUGUGGCAUUCAAUGGUCUAAUGAUUUCAAGAUCGGAAUCGCUUUCAUCGAUGCGAUUGUCAAUGAGAUCUCUUUCUGCGAGUUUGAAGACAACGAGUAUUUGUCUCAUUUGGAGAGCCUUUUGGUGCAAAUUAGUCCCAAAGAGUGUCUCAUUUGUGUUCACGACAAACAAGAGUCGACGGCCAAGAAGUUGACCACAAUUUUAGAUAAUAACAGAAUUCUGGUCACAGAAGUGAAGAAGAGUUCGUUGAGCGCAUCGAAUCUGGAAUCAGAUUUAGACAAACUCUUGAAUAAAAGUGAUAACAAAGAAAUCACUAUCAAUGCGAUGUUAGAGCAGAAGUGGCUCUCAAAAGAAGCGAUCGCUGGAGUCUUGGAUUAUCUCAAUCUUUUAGGCGAUGACUCUAAUUAUGAAAGUUUUCAAUUCAAUGAAAUUAAUUUAAGACAAUUUGUCAAAUUGGACGCAACGGCUGUCCAUUCAUUGGAUUUGUUUCCCAACGCUGUCAACGAUUCCAUGACUAAUAAGACCAAUAGAACCUUAUUUCAAGUGCUCAACAAUUGCCGCACACUUUCAGGCCAGAGAUUAUUGGCUCAACUCAUUCGACAGCCUUUGACUGAUAUUAACAAAAUCGUCAGAGGCAGAGCCCAAGACAGGGAUCCGAACGCCACCAACGGUUCCACUCAUGACACGGAUGUCUUGGAUAACACCGGAACCACAGCUCCGGCCAUAACAUCGGCUGUUGAGAGGAGGGGUUCAGUGGCGACAAGAGUUGGCCAACACUUUAACACCGCUUUCAAAGCCAUCAAAAGGAUUCCUAAAAGGAUUCGCACCAAAAGAGACAACAGAGCGCUCGGCAAACGGCUCAAGUCGUUAGGCUUCGGACCCAACGAUUCCAUACCAGAGAUCAGCUUUGGAUCUGUUAUUACGAUCCGAACCAAAGCUUUGUAUGACUUGUCGGCCGAAGAAGAGGACAACGAGUCUGAGUGGACACCAAUUGAGGAGUCGAUAACAACAGACACGACCGACGAGUCGACCGACGAUUUGGUCACAAACCAAGUGAUCCAAUGUCUGGAGCAAAACAUAUCCACUUUGAAGAGCACUCUUCGAGACAACUCUUCGGUUUUGUCGCACGGGUUGUGCCAACAAUCAGUCCAGACAUAUGUCUCCACAGAAGUUGAUGGCAACGAACAGACCAUUCAGUUGUCUCGCAAGAGAUCCACACUUGGAUUGUCUGACGACUCAAACGGCAAUCGAUUGGAACCCAUUUUACAGAACCAAACAUACAGUCCAUUAGUUAACAAUUGUUUAGCCGUCGCCUCGUUUGCGGGACAACUGACACCAGAAGUCGCCAAAGACUUGACAACAUUGGCUGCAAAUUGGCUUUCGAUUUACUAUAACAUCGACCACUUGUUGGACGCACUGAAGACAACUCUUCACUUCAAAAGUGAGUACAACUCUAUUAUCAGAAAGUCUUUGCCUCUACUCUUUGCUAAUGGCGUCCAAUUGGGGUCCCAUUUGGGAAGCGGUGGAAAUGGACUCGUAGUGAGCGCUGAACACAAUGGCAGACCAGUGGCCGUCAAAUUCUCUCUGAAUCCCAUCCCAUUUGUGAACCAAGAGCUCAACUCAAUGAUGGCAUUGAAACACAGGAAUGUCUUGUCCGCCCAUCCCAUCCAACACUUCCAGAACGGUUCCCAUCCGGUGAUAGUGAUGGAAGCGGCCAAAUGCAGUCUUCAGCCCUUCGCACAGAUCCCAUGUGUCCGCCGACUCACCACUGAUUCCGUUCUCACAUUUUUCCGAGACAUUCUUCGAGGCGUGCAAUACAUACACAGCGAAGGGUUCGCACACUUGGAUCUCAAGCCCGGAAACGUUCUGCUCGUCAGAUGUGAGACAAGCGGAGGAAUUGUGGCCAAAAUCAGUGAUUUCGAAACCAUGACGAGAGCCGUUGACGUACGGACGGGACGACCCAUAACUAUGGCCGCCGUUUACGCGACUCUAAGCUAUCGUUCGCCCGAAGCCGUGAAAGACCUGAUUGUUAAUGACAUCCGUUGUUGUGAUGUUUGGGCCACAGGUUUGAUAUGCAAACGCCUGUUCGCUAACAGCGAUGUUAACGCCGUUGACGUGAAGCGAGUGUUGGAUCAGCUUUUGAAACUCAAUCACCGCCUGCGCCCGCCUUUGAUCAAAAUACUGAUCGACCCCUUACUGACGGCUAAGUACUCCAGACCACAGACACUACAGUUUGUCAGUCCUUAA